AUGGCAACGUUGCUCCAGAUGCUGAAAAGCGUCGUGACUCGUUUCCAGAUCCCGUCUCAUCAGUACAUGAGUAUCGGGGAAGGGGUCAACAAGACGCCAUCGAGAUUAGAGCGAGUCUGGAAGCAUGGGAAAGUCCAUAUUUUCUACAUCUUUCUCAUGAUUGCAUUAGUCGUCCUCAACAGACAUGCUUCUCCACCUUUACAUCAACAAACACUUUACGGGGAAGAGCCCGUGAGAUCGGAAAUACGGUUGAAGAACGAGCCGAGAAUCUUCGACUUAGACGAAGACUACGCCAUGCCGCCUUCUAUUAGUGUCAAUAACGCGUGGUCUUCUUUGAUUCCGAAAGAAGGUGGCUUCUUCGAACACCCUGCUAUCACAUCUGGUGCACGAAAGGCAACCGGCAAAAUUCCUCACAUGCCACGUCCCAUCAAAAACACAGCGGUGCAGAUUCCACCACAGAUGCCAACUCCUCUUAUGACAUAUACCAUGUUGGCCAUUGCUUUGAUCUCUUACGCCAAGCCAUCAUGUGCCGCCCCGUAA